AGAGGGCGGUGGGCGGGGCUUCCGCGCGGACAUGGCGGCUGCCGAGAGGCCCGAGGCGGAGGUGGAGGAGGCCGGGCACGUCUUCCUCCUGAUGAAGAAGGACUACCGCAUCUCCCGCAACGUGCGGCUCGCCUGGGUCCUCAGCCGGCUCCAUCAGGUCAUCUGGGCCGUGCCCGAGCCCGAGCUGUUGAAGUCAGAAAACGAGCUGGAUGUGCUCAGCAUCCUGCCCAACGGAUGGCAGCCGGAUGAGCCCGUCCAGCCCCGGCCCUAUCUCCUGGUGCCCUCCACACGUGUCACCUUCCUGGCCCGUCAGUACCGCUUUGUGAUUGAGCUUGAUCUGAGCCCUUCCACUGGCAUUGUGGAUGACUCAACAGGGGAGAUCAUUUUUGAUGAAGUGUUUCAUGCCCUUUCCCGAUGCUUAGUGGGAUUGUUAAGACCCUUCCGAAUCCCUGGUUCAGACAUUAUUUAUCAGCCCGAGAUCUUUGUCACCAUCCAGGCGUACUCCUCCAUCAUUGGCCUGCAAUCCCACCAGGUACUAUUCCAGGGCUGUCAGCUGGAUGAGACGAAGAGAGAAGCCUUUCUGCACCAAGUUUACACACAGCUGUGUGCCUUUGAGAACAAAGUGGCAGAGAUGCUCCAGCAACAGUAUGAACCCAAACCACAGGUGGAUUUGUCGCCCCUGAGCCAAGAGAGCCCUGGUGAUGUGCAGGAGCCUUCAGGGAGGAAGCCCAGCGUGUCUGUUGUCACUGCUGAUGUUGGCCUUGUCAGCAUGGUCCGACAGGGAAUCUUGGCACUGCAGCUACUACCCUCAAACUCCAGUGCAGGUAUAAUAAUAAUCACGGAUGGUGUGACUAGUGUUCCUGAUGUGGCUGUGUGUGAGACUUUACUCAACCAACUCCGCAGUGGCACUGUGGCCUGCUCCUUUGUCCAGGUGGGCGGUGUCUACUCGUACGAUUGCAGCUUUGGUCAUGUUCCCAAUGUGGAACUGAUGAAAUUCAUUGCCAUGGCCACCUUUGGUGCUUACCUCUCCACAUGCCCUGAGCUGGAUCCCCUGAGCACGGAUCUGAAUGUGUAUCACAAGGCUUUUCUGCUGUACUCCUUUCUGCGUACCGGGGAGUCCCUGAAUCCAGAAUACUACUGUGUAUCACAGCACAGACUGUUCAAUGAGCACCUGGUGUCUGCAAGCAGCAAUCCUGCUCUGGCGAUGAGGAGGAAGAAGCACACUGAGAAGGAGGUGCAUGCUGACCUCGUGAGCAUUGUCUCAGUCCGCCUGCGUGAGGGCUACAGCAUCCGUGAGGUCAACAUCACGAAAGGAGGAUCUCAGCUGGAGGUGAAACUGGUGCUGCUUUGGAAGCAUAACAUGAGGAUAGAGUACUUAGCUGUGACACCUUGGCCCCUGGACCCAUCAAAGCGCAGCACGUGGGUGGAGGUGACGAUGGAGGGGAGCUAUGACAUCUUGCACGACAUCAGUUGCACCAUGAGGAAACCUAUCACCAGUCUGUACCGCACAACAGUUAUCCGGCGCUUCUGGAACACCUUGCAAAGCAUCAACCAGACGGAUCAGAUGUUGGUUCAUCUGCAAUCUUUUGACACAGUACCGGAACACUUCACCAUUCCUGAGAGCACCAAGAAUGGAGUGCCCCUCUUCUAUAUCCCCCCAGGCUCAACCACUCCGGUGCUGUCCCUGCAGCACAGCGGAUCUGACUCGAGCCAUUCCCAGUUUGCCUCCUACUGGAAGCCUAUCCUUUCCAUGGAUGCCAACUUCUGGCAGAGGUGGCUGCACAUGCAUCGUAUUGUUCUCCUUCUGGAACAUGACACGCCUGUGCCCAAGCAUCUGCACACACCAGGCAACAAUGGUCGCUACAGCACCAUCCAGUGCCGCAUCUCUCAUUCUGCUCUCACCUCCCUGCUGCGGGACUGGAGCAGCUUUGUGCUGGUGGAGGGCUACUCGUACGUCAAGCUGAUGCAUAGCUCUGAGGAUCCUACUCCCUCCUCAUUUUAUGUGGUGCGGAUCAUCUCCAAAGCUCCCUGCAUGGUUCUCCGCCUGGGCUUCCCCAUUGGCACACCUGCACAGGCCAGGAACAAGAUUGUGGAGGAGUUACGGGACCGAAUCCUGCAGUUGCGCUUUCCUCACAGGGUCCAGAGCAAGGAGGCAACUCCAAAAGCCAAGAGGAAAAUGCUGGGCAGUAGUUCUCCCUCCAAGUCUCCACCUGUGGCUGGGGUCCAGUCUGCCCUCUCAGACAGACCCUGCCUUGUCGUGCUGCACAAACCCUUGGAGAAGCUGCUCAUCAGGUAUGAGAAGCUGCCUUCUGACUAUCGAGCUCCCUUCAUUCUCAACCUGGAACAUCCUCCAGUGUCUGGCCCGCUCACCAUGGUGGCCAAUCGUACUGCCUCGUCUACCCUGGCCUCACUGUCCCGCUACUUCUAUCACCAACGUUGGAUCUGGAGUGUCCAGUCAGGGCUGGCACCAGCUGUGCCCAUCACAGCAGUAGCCCAGCUCCUUUCCACACUCACAGAGGUCCGACUGUCAGAGGGUUUCCACUUUGCAUCCAGUGGGGAUGGAAUUAUCAAUAUGGUGCUGGAGCUGCCCAUACAGAUUGAUGGCUCAAGUGGCAGCAGCAGCGGCAGCAGCAGGGAGAAGCACACCUGUGUUGUCCAGUACAUCCUCUUCCCCCCACACUCUACCUCCACCAAGGACAGCUUCUCCACAGAUGAUGACAAUGAUACAGAGGUGGAGGCCAUUGAGGUGGACACAGAACUGAACCUGGUCACUGAGUGCUGGGUAGAGCCACAGAGCGGCCAUGUUCACAGUACUGCUGAGAACUGGAAGCACCUCCAUGGUUUGCCCUACCAGAAAAUACCUAAAGCGCUCUACCCACGGGACCUUGCGUGCAUUGCCACCAUGCUGACAUUUGAAUACAUCAGCCAGCUGUGCCAGAACAAGGAGUGGGUCUGUCCUCCUUCAGACACCAAAGCUACUGAAGAUCCAGACAUGGGGGCUGGUUUCAGAGUGCAUGAGAUCCCAUUCCAGUUCAACCUCAUGAAGCUGUUGCCCAGGUGUCAGCAGGUUGAAAUGUUCUUCUUAAUGCUGACAAAAGAGAAUGAGGAAGUGACCAAGGACUCUUCGUUUGUGCCCAAUGAAAUGCUACUAAACCUCUUCCAUGGCUGCCUGCAGCAUGACCUCAGUGAUCGGGAGAUCCCCAUGGCUGAUGCUGAUCAUGUGGCCUUCAUGGAGCAGGUUCUCCAACGGGAUCGUGAUGGUCAUCAACCACCCUUCACCCUCCCUGUGAUACGAGAAGAAACCUCAAAAGCCUCUGGGACUCUGGAGCAGCAGGAUACCUCUGCAUCCUAUCAUCACGCUGGCAGCAAUGGCACCAGGGAUAUGACUGGCUCCACAAGUACUCUGCAGAGCCUUGGCAACACAGAGCUUCCUGAGGAUGAUGUGACUUUGAGUGACACUACGGGGCCUUUUCCACCACAGUGGCGAUGCUAUGCAAAGCUGGUCAAUCCACAGCAUGUGUUCCUGACCUUCCUGCCAGCCACGUUCUCAGAAGCGAGCCAUGACUCUGGAGAACAGAGUGGCCCCUCACGGAGAGAUAUACAUAUCUCCUUCUGCCGCCAGAACUCACAGUCUGAGCUAGGCGAGUGUCGCCGAUUCCGCUGCCCCAUGUACAUCUACAGCUGCUCUUUGGAGCUGCUACGAGAGCAGCUUGUCAGCCCACGGACACAUCGUCCUCCCCGGGACAUCUUUUUCAGGUCCCAGUCUCUGGAACGUCCUCCUGCUGCUGCUUGGUUAGAUCAUAAGCAUAAAGAGUUGGUGAGUUACUGCACGCUGCUGCAGGAGCAUUCCCACCAGUGCUAUGUGAAAGGGCUGUUCAAGAGCCUUCAGCAGUCACACAGCAUCAGCUCCCAAGACCUUCUUACAGCCAUGGACUACUGUGAAGAGCUGCUCCAAGAGAUUGAUAUCACCAACUUCCUGCUGACAGUGUGCAGCCAUGUCCGCUCCUUCCGAGAGAGCCACCAACAUUUCCAUACUCACCCUAAGGCUGCCAGCUUCCAAGUGGGCAGCAUAGAGCAAGAAGAGGAGCAGAGCUCUAGAGAACGUGGUGUCUUGGUCUCUGAAUCGAGUGCGGAAAUGGAAGACUACAGUGAGCAGGACUCUCACAAUGUUGCCAGCCCCCCAGAGGAGCCAAAAAGCAGUGUGGGCACCAGUUGCUGUUCAGAGUUUCCCCUUUCACUGCUGGAAAACGGACAACCCUGCCAGGCACACCCUGACCUGCAUAGGAUCAUCCAGGAAAAGUUCCUGGAAAUUGGAAGUUUACAUUUCAAGCCAGUGCCAUCAAAUCCUCACUAUUUCUUCUAUUGCCCACCAUCAGCCAAGAAAGAGGAAGAGGCAUCUCGGGAUCAGGCAGACAGGAAAGGCAGUGAGGACAUGGAGGUAUCAGAAGCAGAACUGGCAGCUGAAGAAGGAACUGUGUCUGGGUGCUGCAUUGCCACAGAGAGUGACCCAGAGCUGGAAGUGGAAUACCGUGAGAAGCUGGAGCAUGAGUUCCCAGACACAGAUUCCCUCUCAGACUCCAACACAGUGAACCAGGACGAUGACUCCUUCAGCGUGCUGGGAGGGGACUCACUAAAUGAGCAAGAGUUCCUGGAGCAGGAGAUGCCCCCACUCUUUGUGCACCUCACUUGCUCUGUGAAGCUGCGUAGCCAGCACAGCUCCAUGCCUGUGCAGUCCCUUCCAACUUGUCUAGGGGAAGUUCUUGGCUGCCUGGAAAGCUGCCAGGGCUUGACCACCAUUGACCUGGGGGACCUCUGUGUGACUCUGGAUAUCUUUGUGCUUACCCUGCCCCUGGAGAUAGAGGUUGUGAAUGCAGACAUUCUCCAUAACAGAUGCACCUCAGAGAGCAGCGUGUCCUUCACUCGCUCUCCGGGGCAGCCAUCCUCUUUCCGGUCAGAUGAGGAUAUCAUGCACAACUUGGACCGGCUCCCAUCCACAGGAGAUGAGAGGCACCCUGCGCUUUCCAACCUCCCUGGAGUGCACAGGCAGGCUAUUGAAGCUACUAUGAAUGAGAUUCGCUGGCUUCUGGAUGAUGAGAUCGUGUCUGCGCUGCGCCACUCGCAGGUCAUCAGCACCUCCAUCCUGCACCGGGUGGCCACUCACAUCUACAACUCCAAGGGGAGGCCCAGCUGCCACAGUGAGGUGGUGCUGCUCCAGUUUGUGUUUGGACCCGAGCACUCUCUGGAGAAGUUCAAGGAGGAGUUCAGAAGAAUGGCCCUGCCAGGCUACGUGAUCAAUGCAGAAGGCAAUGACUACCACUACAUCUCCAUCAGCCGCCUGCACUCCAGGCGGGCAGCCCCAAACCCUUCGGGGACACCAUGCUCACAGCAGCAAGCCGGAGGGAGCACAGGGACAGCCCUGGGCCAGGCAGGCCAGGAGGGGAGCAGUGAAGCAGAGGCAGAGAGCUCUGAGCUGCACCGUGCGAGCUGUGUCCUCCCAGAAGAAUCUCAGGGUCUCUGGGGGUGGCCAGAGAGUGAGAUGCGCAUUGUGCCAGACACAGGAAACCCCGUAGGUGGGGGCAGUCAUGCUCAGGAUGAGGUCACAGGAGAAGCGCUGAGCCUCGAGCAAACCAAAGUACCUGGCCAUGACUCCCUGGAGGAGGCAGUCCUGGAGACGACCAUACAAUCCCUGCCGUCUUCCUCUUCUGAAAAGGGCAACAGCUCCAGCAAGCAGCGUCCCAGCCGUGUGCAGAGCCUUGUGUCCAGCCAGGGCAGCAUGGACUCUGACCACCUGGGUUAUGAUGGGGGGAGCAGUGAUUCAGAGUAUGAUGAGGCAUUAAUGAGCGACCAGGAACCUAAGUGUCCCCUCAUGCCUGAUUUCUGGCUCAUCAUAAAAAUUGAGCAGGACCGAGUGGAAGUCUAUUACCACACACGCCUGAGUGUGGAGAAGGCAGCGUCAGCAGAGAUAGAAGAGCAGCCAGGGGAGUGCCAGAGUCUCAACCAGAUGGUGGUCAAGAAGAUCAGUGAGAUCUGCAGGGUUGUCAAUCAGCGCUUACUGCUGCAAGACCUGCAUGACAGCCACAUAUGCAACUCAUUGCUGGUGGCAGAGAGUGAGGAGGACAUCUGGAAGAGUGAAACUCCCUAUACAUACUAUAGGCAGCGUGUCAUGCCAACAGACGAUUACUCAGUAGAGGAGAGCUACCAGCCCCGGGACUACCUGGCUGCCACAAUGCAGUUCAUGCCAGGGCAUUUUGCUUGUGAUGUUGUGUGGAGCACACUCAUCCAUGUGCAUUCACGCCUGAAGAUGGGCCCCAACAUGGGGGUCUCACGAGCUAUCCAGGCACUUCGCUCGGUGCUCAAUGCUUUCUCUGUGGUGAACAGGAAGAAUAUGUUUGUCUACCAGGAACGUGCCACUAAAUCUGUUUUCUACCUCCGACUGGCUGAAACCACCAACAGUGGGAAGGGGUGGGAAGCAGAGAGCAGCAUUAGUCCAGGAUCUCGCUCAUUGGCACUGACACGCAGCCAGGAACCCAUUUACACUGAGGAUCUAACGGGCUCUCGUUCCUCUCUGGACACAGCCUCGUGCCGCAGCAUGGACUCUGCCCGCCCGGUGGGACAAGUAGACAGGCACAUCCAGCUGAUGGUCCAUGGCGUUGCCCCAGCAGGGCCUGAGAUCACAGAUGAGCUGGUGAAAGUGCUGCGCAGGCGCCUGGAUGAGGCCACUCUGGAUAUCAUCACUGUGAUGCUGGUCCGGAACUGCAAGCUGACCCCAGCCGAUGUGGAGUUUAUCCAGCCCCCUGGGACACCACCCACAGAGGUCCUGCAGUUUACACUGCCACCCUCUGCUCUGCCUUGGCUGCAGGCAGUGGCCUACUAUCUGCGCCAGAACCUGCUCAUCUUCCUGCAUACCCCAAAGUACACAGACAGCAACGUGGAGCACCACUUCAAGCACUACUUCAGCCACAGUGGUGGUGUCCCUGACCAAGAUCUCUACCUGUACAACAAACCAGGAGGCCAAGGCACUGGUGGCAAAGGAAUUGCAUGCAUUGCAUUGACGUUUGUGGAUGAGACCGGCAGCCCCACCACGCUGCCCCACGGGGAGAGAUCUGGCUCUCCUAAGGUGCCCAUCGUGGACCUGCUGCAGGAUGCUGACUUCGAAAGCCUCACUGCUGUUAGCAAGCACCAGCCAGAGGCUGGCACCCAGCACACAGAGCCCUGCGUGCUGGUGCGCCUGGACAUCUGGGAGAAGGGCAACAUUAGUCUGCUGCAGUUGUCAGAGAAGCUGCGUGGAGCCCUGCGCCAUGCGCUGUGCGAUGCCAUCAUGGAGUUCCUUGUGCUGCCAGCCCCGCUCUGCGUGGAGGCCUCCUGCCCACUGAGCGCCCCAGACCUGGAGGAGCUGAGCUCUGCGGCAGGUCUAAGGAGAACCAUGUCGGAGACCAAGGGUCUGGCCAUGGGCACUGGUGGGGCUGGCAAAAGCUGUCCUCCACCCCUGCACUUCACCUCUGCCCCUUUGGCCAGCCCUGGGGAGCCGGUGACACCCACGAGCAAGCUGGGACGCCGCAGUUUCUGGGACAUGCUGAGCAAGGCUGAGUCCUCAGAGCUGGGCAGCCCCAAGACUACCGAUGACAUUGUGCUGGAGAGGCCAGAGGAGGCUCGCACAAGGCGGAGGCAUAAGACUGAGAAUGUCAAGCAGCAGCUGAGCCAGGAUCGGGCCACAGCCACAGCUGAACUGGAGCAGGCACAGCGGCGCCGAGUCUGCCAGUUGGAAGAAGGAGAUGUAGGCACCAUGCACUCGCUCUACAGUCAAACCUGCCAGCAGUGGAUGGCAUUUAUGAACCACCUGGGGUGCCCAUCAGUGCAACAGUGCUCAGCAGAGAUUGUGUCCCGUUUCCUCCUGUCCUCCAUCCUGGUGGAAGUGGUGAACCUGGUCACUUCCCUAGCGAGUGACACCACUGUCAAGGUGUUUGAGAAGAUCUGCUGCCAUCGGAGUACCGCCUUCCUGCCCUAUAAACCUGGCCAGAGCGCCAGCCCUCGCCCUGCAGCUGUCAGACACUUCAUCCUGCUGGGACGCAACUUCCACCAGUGGCGCUGCAGCACAGAGCAGGCUCACAAAGGGCUCCAGCGCUUUGAGGCCAUGGAAUUCAGCUCAGCAGAGAGAGGCUCUGACCCAAGCAUUGUUGGGCGAGACCUGGCACCCCGACAGAGGUUCCUCUUCAUGGAGAUUGUUGACAAGAAGCUGACGCUUUACACCUACAACUGGUCCCCAGACCUGGGGGCCAACUUGAACUGCUCACUCAUUCGCCUGCUGCAGUGGCAGAAUGCCCGCUCCCACAUUGUGCAUUGCUUGAUCAGCCAGAAGAUGGGACUAUUCCAUCACCACUGCUUUAUGGACCCACCGUGGCAUGAAGACAGCAAGCAGCCAAAUCCUUUCCUGAACUCCACUUUGGAGGUGGAUGCACUGAUCCGGAGCUCGUGUCCCCCACCUAGCAAGGAGCAAGGCCGGCUGAGCAGCUCUGCACGCAGCCUGCCAUCUCUGCAUUUCCAUCCUGAUGUGGUUCCCUUUGACGAAGCUCUGCGGGAUGUUACUACUAUCAAACGCAUACCCCAUGGGCCAGAGUUGGGACCUUUUGACCCUGUGGCUCGACAUGGGGCCCAAUUCCUGGAAAUCAAAAGCAUGGAGAGGAAAGAACUGGAGAAGCAGAUGAAGAUAGAGAAUCUCUUUGUGACCUGGCAGCAGAGAUCAGCACAGUCAAACAUGCCUAUCAGUCUGUCAGACCUGGAGACCCUGAAGCAGUCCUCACGCCUUGUUCACUACUGUGCUACCCCGCUGCUCUUUGACCCAGCCUUCCGGCAGCAGAUCCAGGCUGACCAGCAGGGCAAGGUAGAGGGGAAGAAGCGCCACCGCUCAAAUGAUUCUACAGCAUCAGGGAGAGACCGCAGCCACAGCUGUGACUCGACAGAAUCACUGCCUUGCAAGCUGAAGGAGGAGCCUUGGCUGCAAGAGAUGUGCAAUGCCUUCUUGCAGCAAUACAUCCAGUACCUGCAGAGCAUGGGCUUCAUUCUCGUCCAGGUGCGGCCGCCCUCACCUACCACUCGCAGCACAAGUCGGAUCCGAGCUCUGGCAGCAGUGGGUGUGGAGGGGAGAGGAUCCUUUUCCUAUACAAAGCCAAAAGCAGAAGGGAGUCCGAAGAGCACAAGCCCUGCUGUUGCCACCUAUCAUCUGCAGAGAGCUCUUCCAGGUGGGAUUGUGCUGAUGGAGCUGGCCUUCCAGGGCUAUUACUUCUGUGUGAAGCAGUAUGCGUUGGAGUGCUCGCGGAUCCCCAUGGGCCAAUCUGUGAACUCUCAGCUCUCCAUGCUCUUCACAGAGGAGUGUGACAAGGUGCGGGACCUCAUGCACGUGCAUUCAUUCAGCUAUGACUUCCACUUGCGGAUAGUCCACCAAUAUCUGCUGGGCUCCCACAUGACGCUCCGCCAGGGGUACCAUCUCACGAGUUUCCUGGAGGACUUCAUUGCCCAUCACACUGACAUCCCCAAAUUUGGUCGCAACCAUGUUUUCCAAGGCAUGCUGGCCCUGCCCACCAACAUGAUCACUGCACACCAGCUGUACAACUACAUUGCUGACCAUGCCAACACGUACCACAUGAAGCCACUGCGCAUGGCCCGGCCAGCUACCGGGAUUGACAACAAGAAGGGGACGCCAGGCACAGAGCAGAACGAAUACGCACUGGUCUCUAUCUGGAACAGCUCAGGAUCCUACAAGGACUCAGAAGGUCUGCGUCACCACGAUGAUUUCGAUGUGUCCCUACUGGUGUGUCACAGUGCAGCACCAUUUGAGGAGCAGAGCGAAGCAGAGAGGCGCAUGCUUCGCUUGCGUUUCUACGUGAUCAUGACCAGCCAGAGGGAGCUAUUCCCCCGGCUCACAGCUGACAUGCGGCGCUUCAAGAAGCUGCCACACUUGCAGCGAGAAGUGCUGGAGCCUGACAUGGAGGACAGCAGCGAGUUCUACGCUGGGGGUAAACAGGUCCAAGUGGGGCCUGGGCUUUUCUACACCUCGCCGCUCUUCCCCUUGCUGGCCUCCGAGGUGGCCUCGGCCCAGAAGCAGCUCAGCAGCAUGGUGCAGCUGGCCAAGUGCCACUGCCGCAGGGACAACCUCUGGAAGCGUCUCUUCCUUCUGGAGCCACUGGCUUCUGACAAGCUGAAGCUGGGCAAGCUGUCGCUGGUGGAGCUGGAGGAGCUGCUCGAUGCUGUGCACGGGAAAUCCAUUGCGGAUGUGGACCCGCAGCUGGGAUGCUUCCUCACCAUGACAGUCUCCUGGUACCAGAGCCUUAUCAAAGUGCUGUUGAGCCGCUUUCCCCAGAGCUGUCGGCACUUCCACAACGCUGAAACUGGCACCCAGUACCUGGUUGUGCUCAACCAGAAGUUCACAGAUUGCUUCGUUCUUGUGUUUCUCGAUUCUCAUUCAGGAAAGACGAGCCUUACCGUGGUUUUCCGGGAGCCGUUCCCUGUGCAGCCUCAGAACAGUGAGAGCCCUCUGCCCCAGCUCGUGUCCACGUAUCACCACCUGGAGUCAGUUAUCAACACUGCCUGCUUCAACCUCUGGACAGGACUGCUCUAGCAUUGCCAUCGCCUCCUCCUGCAGGAAUAUGCACUGCACCUGUGCACGCCUGUGCUGUGGAUGAUGGAGAGGAACAGGCUGCCGGGUGGGACCUGUUCACAGCACUGCUGGCAGCAUGCACACCACCAAUGUGAUGAGCCUGGGGCUGGGUGAGGGCAGCCCCGCUGCUCCCCUUGGGCUCCAGCCCAGCUGCACCUCCCUUGGUCUCUGGCUGGCUGCUGUGACCCUGGGGACAGGUUUUGGUGGGUUUCAAUGGUCUGUGAAGGCCAUGGACAGGGGCCUGGCUGAAACAGAGCAGCUCAUGGGGAUGUUAACUUCAGCACCUGCAGUGAGUUCUGUCUGAUAAGGAUAUGGAGGUGCAGGGCGGUGGCACAGUGCCUUCAAGGGGAAACCUCUGCACCUUUAGACAGGGGGUGCCUGCUUCCAGCCCUUUGCUCUCAGUAGGAGAGCACCGAAUGGGAUAGGAAGGGCAAAUGGACAUGGAAGGUUUUGUGGAGGUGUACAUUAAUGAUGAUAUAUUAAAGCCAUGGAUAUAUUUGUGAAAUAAAACAGAAUCAGCUCCCCA